AUGGACCAAGAUUGUGCAAUGGCUACAUCAAGUUCAGGCCUGCUCAGUAGUCUGGAUUUGUCAUCAUUACAGUCUUCUGAGGAUUUUGAAGAGAGCCCUCAACCUCAAAAGCCACCUGACCCAGGUGAGUCCCAGGUCAAGGAGGCUCCCACUGCCAAGGUACCAUCCGUCACAUUUGGCCAGAUGCCUGACAUACAGCCCAGGACUCCGCUGUUUCCUGAGCUACGCCUGACCAAGUUAGAGAAAGCGUUUGAGGAGAACAUGGAUUCAAAUGGAGUCCUGGAUCUGAGAGCUUUCACUACGACCAUGAAGAAGGUUCUGAACAAUGUGUCAGAUGAGAUGCUGGAGGCCCUGUUUUUGAAGGUGGACUCAGACUGCCAUGGCUUCGUCACCUGGGACAAGUACGUGGAUUACAUGAUGCGAGAGUUCCAUGGGCUAGAGGAGAUGAGGAAGAGCCAGUACCGCCUGCUGUUCCAACUCCCCAUGAGGAUCGUCCCCCUGAAGCAUGGCUGCGAGAUCAUCAAAGUGGACUUUUUCAUCCAGAGGUUCAAGAAGAUCGGGUGUUUCCUGACUGUCACCAAAGACGGGGUCCUGCAGUUCUGGUCUGAGUCUUUCUCGCUGAUUGACUCCUUUUUGGUGAGUGGGACGCACGGCGCCCAGUGUCUGAACCAGCAGAUGUGGGUCACAGACAUGGUGUGCCUGCACAACCUGAACCUUAUUGCCGUGUCGUCCACGGAACUGAAGAUAGAGUUCUUUGACAUUAGUAACCACAAAUGCGUCCGCGCCUUCACCUUUAUUGAUCUGGACAGCAGUAUCCUGGUCAUGAACUACUGGUCUGACUAUCACAGAGGCGUGUUCUGCUAUGGGGACACCAAGGGCAACGUAAUCGUCUUUGUCUCUGACAGUGUGACCACUGGACUGUUCAACCCCCACAUCCUCCCCAAAGUCUCCAAAUGGGAUCACUGGCGCGACGUUUCCAUGCAGAAACUCUUAAGUGAGAAGUCCGCUUUGUACAGAAGUUACCAGCUGAGGGCUCUCCAUCCCAACUGGUGUCAGCAGGUCAAGUUCAUCUCCCAGCUGAACCUCGUGGUCUCCUGUUCGGCCAUUGAGAAGUCCUCUCUGGUGCUGACCGUGUUGCCAACCAAGGACGUCGAGAAACCCAAGUUGACAGUGCUGAGUAUUAGAAAAGGAAUCCUCUGCUUUGAUUACUGCCCAGACAGGAACCUCCUGGUGACCGGUGGCUACGACUCCCAUAUCCGCCUGUGGAACCCCUUAGUCUCAAAAAAGCCGGUGUGGAUGAUGAAGGGACAUCAGACCGCAGUGACGCACGUCCUUGUCAACAGCAGGAACGCCAGCGUCCUUGUCAGCGUCUCCAGGGACAAGAACAUCCGUGUGUGGGACCUGCAGGACUGCAUAUGCCUGCAGUCGUUGUGCGGGAAGCAGUUCGCCCUGGGGACCUGCCCCAUCACCAGCGCCUGCUUCCACAAGACCUACAAUAUCUUCAUCUGCAGUACCUACUCCAUUGGGAUCCUCUAUGGCUUGGAGUCUCAGCAGCCUAUGAAAGCAGGAAAGUACUCGACGCACGGUGCAGCUGUGUGCAAUGUCCUUUACAGCAGGAUCUUCAAGCAGGUGGUGAGCGGCUGCCUGCACGGCACCGUGUACGUGUGGGAAGUGUUGACCGGCAAGAAGAUGGUGGAUUUCUCCGUGUCGGGCACCCCACUUGUGGAGCUGACCUCCAUGGCGCUGGACGAGUCCGAGCGGUGCCUGCUCACAGGCUUGCGGGACGGCACCAUGAAGAUGUGGAACUACAACAAUGGCGAAUGCCUUCUGACCUUUCCCAACCCGGACAGCGUGGAGAUUAGUGGAAUCGUGCACAUGAACAAAGCGUACUACAUGACGGGGUGGAGUAAGAGAAUCACGAACUUCAUGUUCCACAAGACCAAGCCGGUGCUCUUGUGCUACCACUGGCAGACCUUCCACGCCGAGGAUGUCCUGAGCAUGGCCAAGUACCAGGACCAGUUCCUCGGGACCGCCUCCUACGACGGGGACAUCCUCUUCUGGAACGUCAACACCUUGAAGCCCAUCUUGAGUUUCAAUGCCUCCGUGAGCCCCUUGCCCUUGCAGCCCAAGAAGGUGCAAACCGAUGAGUGUCUGGCCGAGAGAUACAGGCUCAACAAACCCUGUGCCGUGCAAAAGAAGUGGGUCCACAAGGCCCCCAAAAAGUUCAGGACGAUAGCCAAUGCCAGCCUGCGGCGGAACCUGGUGUCAGCGCCCCCUGUGAUGAGGCACUCGUUCUCCCCCUCACUCCGGAGAGACAAGGAGUCCGACCUGCCCGGGUCCUACCAGGUGGGAGAGCGCCCGCCACCUGCGUCUUUCUCUUCCAGGCUGACAAGAAAUACCCUUAACAAACCGUCAGUGUACAGAGAGGCUGAAAGGAAAAGAGGGGAAUUCCAGAAGAAGCUUCUGCUGCAGCAGUCCACUGCCUCAGUGGAAAAGAUCAUCUUUCUGCAGACCAGGCCCCGCCAGCCGCACGUAGCUGCCAUGCUGAGCAGCUGCAUCGACGGCCGCAUCUACGCUUGGUCCGUCCACGGGAACGGGGGCCUGCUGGGCAAGUUCCCUGUGGACCUCGAAGACAAUGGGGACGUGGUCGUGGGUGCCAUGACCACUGAUGAAAACGACUGGAUCCUCAUCACCGGGGACUGCAGAGGACACAUCAAGAUCUGGGACAUUAAGGAUUACUGCGCACUGACUGGCCAGCGGUCACUCCACACCAGUGAGAGCAAGAGCCCCACGGACACCGAGAACAAGUUCUGCAUCUUAAUUCCUAAAUGGCUCCAAAUGAACAUCCCACACUACAUUCCCCUGAAGGAGACGGAGGUUGUGGCUGGCCAGGUCAUUUCCCUGGUUCCCCCCAAGCUCCUGAAUACCUGGAGAGGCCACUCGGAGAGUGUGGCAGACAUCCUGUAUAUAGACACCCUCCAGCUGGUCAUCAGCGCCGGCCAGGACCGGGACGUCAAGACUUGGAAGCUCUCGGGUGACGCCAUUGGGACAUUUGGCCUGGAUGUUUGGAAAAGACUGCAGGAUGCCAGAAUGGAUGGUGUUCACGAGCAGAGAGGAAGCUUUGAGGAGAAGUCAGGCUCGAUGGCCAACCUGCUCAAGGCCUCCCACCAGGAGCUGCAGAAAGCCCCUAACAGCAGGGAUCUGGCUGAGGCGCUGGUGUACCAACGGCGGGAGCAGGUGGCGCUGAUGGCGCUCUUGAAUGGGAAAGCAGACACAGAGGUGGAGGCUUGGGCCAAGCUGCGCAGGAUGGCCUCAAUGUCCCCGUGGGCUGGAGAGCACCCCGUGAAAGACAUCGAGGCCAGCUGGAGCGAGUGGGAGUCCAAGGGCAAGGCAAGCAGCAGAGUCGUGGGCGCAGCGUUCAAGCCCAAGGAACGGUCGCGGAACCCCAAACUCCUGUCCACCAGCGUGCAGUAUAAGUGGAUGAAGCUUCAGAUCUCUCCGCAGAUCUACCAGAGCCUGUUCUUCAACGAGCUGGCGCCCGUCCAGCACCCCGACUCCCUGAUCCACAAGGUCCUGGACCAGCAGGGCCGGCACAUCCGCUGGGUGGCGCACAACUUGCAGUCUGCCAGGGACCAGGUCUUCGCGGACACCACGCUCAGCACACCCAUCGCCGCCUCGCCCUCCUCCUCCUUGUCCCCCGCAGCCUCGGUCUUCAGGCUGCUGGACUCCAGCUUCCCACUGAGGCCCCAGUCCUCCUGCUCCUUGCCCCGGUCAGCCUCCACGACCUCCCCCUUAGCCCCACCCGAGGGGUCCGCCUGCGUCCUGCAGAGGUCAGAGGUCACCACGGCGCUGGCCUCUUCCCUUCAGCGGUCCCCGAAGCCUCCGGAAGCCACCCUGGUGUCCUCCAUGAGGAAGAGCUCCCACGUCCGGUUCUGA